UUGUGAAAUUAAUUGGCCCGAUUAGUUCCGGUAAUUGUUUACAAUUUACCACAAUUUGUUGCAUUGUAAUAGGAUUUGGACGAUAAUUUGCAUAGCAAAUGUCAUCAUGGAAAGUCUGUCCGCGGGUCUAUCUGUUAUCGUGUGGGGAUGCACAGGUGGGAUCCUUUUGCUGCUCCUCUGUGCUGUAUUUUACUACAUCUUCAGCUUGAAGAGUGUACUUCAUAGUGAAUGCAGCUCAACCGCUACAGCUAUCUUGAGCCUGUGUGCCUCUGUUUUGACAGUCACUUUGAUACCAGUGGACAUCUUUUUAGUUUCUUCCUUCAAAGAUACAAAUGGAACAUUUGAGGAUUGGGCCGCUGAUAACGUUACCAGGGACGAGAUUCAACAAGACAUCCAGUAUUGUUAUUAUGCUCUCUAUUGCUGUAAUGCAUUCUUCUUGUUUGUGGUCAUCCCAUUUGUGAUGUUCUACUAUGAAGAAGGAGAUGAAGAUGCUACUGGCUUUCAGCGUUGCUGUACUGCUUCAAAAUACACGGCUGGUUUCAUUUUGAUUGCCUUCAUUCUUUUACUCAUUGGUGCCUUUGUUCCAUGGCAGGGAAUUCCCCAGGAGGAGAAAAACUCAACAGACUGGGAACAGUUCAAAUAUCUCAUCAAUGAGUUUGGAAAUGGCAAGGGAUUUGAUGCUCUGUACUUUCUGAUAGGGUUCAUAUCUUUGAUCGGUAUGAUUGGCAUUAUCUUUUAUAUGGCUAUUGGCAUGGCAGCCAUUCCCAUCGAGAUGAUCAAAGGAACCCAAAGUGUGACCGAUGAGUUGGAUGAAACAGACUCGGCCAUACAACACAACAUCAGACGCCGCAAUGCCAUCAAUAAAAGGUACCAUGGUUCAAGCCGAUCGGUAUCCAACCGCGACCGUGGCAGGCUCCAACAGCUGAACGACGAAGAAGAGCUGAUUAAAAGAAGACAGCGCCAUCUAAAGGACAAGAAAGGAUCGCUGAGCGCACGGUGCGGCAAAUUCUGGAGGCCGUUUGAGAUUGUGAUGGGAAUCCUUCUCCUGCUCUUUUCCUUUCUCCUGAUAACAUCCCUUUUCAUGACAAGUUUGGACAGGGCUCUUCACUCCCUUGGGCCUCGCAGCGGCUAUGUGCUCACCAAGAGACACUUCCCCAAUCCGAUAGACAUGAUGCUCCUCUAUGCACAGAGGGUGUUUCCAUUGGAUCUUGUGAUCUUCAGCAUCAUCUUGACGUAUUUCUUCUGGACUUCUGUUGGAGGCAUCAAAAAGAUUGGCAUAUGGUUGCUCUGCAUAAGAUUAUAUAGGAUUCGUCCCAAGCGCACCAAGCCUCAAGCGCUUCUCUUCCAGUGUUCGAUUGUGAUCUGUAUGAUAAUGGCGCUGAAUACGAUGCUGUAUACGUUGGCACCAGAUUACUUGAGCUACGGAUACCAGAGGUACAUGCCGAGUAAUGGUACAGAGGCAGUACAGUGCAAUACACAGGCAGGUGACGAAUGUGUCAUGACUGUUGCUGUGAAACUGAUGUCCAAGUUUCUCUACAGAGUGUGGUUCUUUGGUGCAUGCUACUAUUGGGCCACGUGGGCCUUCAUUGGCAUGUUUCUUUUGAGUGUGCUAAUCUUUUUCUUCAGACGCCGUCGGUCGGCGAUCGAGGGUCACGUUGAGGCUUCCGAUACAGAAGACAGUGAUGAAGAAAUGCUGGAUCCGUAAAGCCGUUGAUGCCUUCAUCUAUAUGUGGAUUAAAAUGAAUCGUAAUAGGUCCCGAAGCUGCAUGGGUUGUAAACCUAUGCACAGCAUCAAUUUCAACAACAAAAUACGCACUGUAUGUCUUGGACAGUGAUGGUUUGACUAAUGAUUAAUAUCUAAAAUUUCCAUAGAUGCUCCAGAAAUGCCCCUCCCCUCCCCCUUCAACCCCCCC